AGUAACUUAUAGCGUUAUCCAUAGUACUACUAUCGACAUAUAUAAUAAACAAUGGCCAAAUCAUUGAGAUCCAAGUCUAAGUUAAAGGCUAAGUCAGUCAAGCGUGGAGGUGUUUUUGCCAAUUUUGUUGACAACAGAAAUGAGAGAUUAGCUAAGAAGAUGAAGGAACAUACUGCAAAGCAAGAAGAAGCUAAGAAGAGUACUGAACAAGAAGAUGGUGAUGCCAUUAUUACUACUACUAGUGAAGAAUCAGACAAGAAAAUUAGUACUUCUGGAUGGAGAGAUUCUAGAAAGCAAAUCUAUAAGAAGAAGCAAAUCAAGAAUAAGAAGAGUAAGACCAUGAAGUUUUAGUCUGAUCAUAAAACUCUAUUGCAUGUUGCAUCAUAUACAUACAUACAUACUUUGUCACAUUCAUUCAUUCAUUGCAUUCCUAUUUCCAACUAUUCCCAUUGUAUAUUAGACUUUCCACAUUUUGUUUUUAAAGGGUUCUAUUAUUAUGUUUAGUUCAAUUAACCAAUUAUUUACUAAUUAUUUACUAAUUAUUUAUUUAUCAUUCUUUCAAAUUGCAUUCAUUUUCUUAAAAGUACAAGUACUCAUAAAUACUUAUGAUUAAAUACAAACAACAUUAUAUAUAU